GAUACCAAACCUGUUGAACCAGUACCCGGCGAGAAAAAGGGAAAAAGAACGCUGGGAUCUGAAAGCAAACUUGUUAGAAUUUUGACUCAAGGAAUCAGUUGAUCAUGUUUUGGAUAGUGUGCGUGUUGUGUCUGGCGUUGCCCAGUUUCUCCUCGGCCUGCAGCCUCGGGAUGUGGAAGGCGGACCCCGCGGACUGUGGCAAGUUCCGGAUGUGUGUGCUGGGCCGGGAGACGGAGUUCAAGUGCCCGGAUAAAACUGUCACCAACCAGAUGAUGCAAGCCUGCGUCCCCCAGGGAUCGUACAUGGACACCUGUUCAAAGACUCAGAAAACGGUCACUGGAAAAACAUCGCUAACCUCAAAACCAGACCCCACAAAAACGGAUAAGCCGACAACCCAGAAAACGGAGAAACCCACCACCCCCACAAUCCCGACCACCUCCACCCAGGCGCCAAAGGUCAACCCCUUCAUGGAGAUGUGUAAAGCCUCUCCCACGGCGGUUCUCCCUUACCCCCAGAGCUGCGCUAAACAGGUGGACUGCUCCCUGGUGAUGGCGGGGAUGGUGGGGGUGAUGGAGUGCCCGUUCCCGACCCUGUGGAGUACGGACACCAAGCGCUGUGACAACCCGUUCACCGUGAAGUGUGGAACACGGUGGGAGCCCAAGGACGCGUGUGAGUAUGAGAGCAACGCCUGCCAGCAGUCCUCGCACUGCGUGCCUUGUGAGAUCAGGUUCCCAAGCUGUAAGGGCCGGGCCGACGGGAUCAACGCCUGGUCGGGCCGGGAGCGGACCCCCUACUUCGUGGUGUGCGAGAACGAGCGCCUGGUCCGUCAGGGACAGUGCACGUACGACGAGGAAUCACACAUCGUGUUCGAUCCAAUCGAACGCGCCUGUGUCCGGCUCUAAUUUUCUUUAGCAACAAGAGCUGAAUUACAGUGACUUUUCUGACUGAAAAAUUCAACCAUUUCCCGAUGUGAAUGGCGGGGGAAAUUAAUUCAAUCGCAGCACAAUUAACUAAUAAUGGCGCCAUAAUUGUGUUCGAAUAUUAACUAUAUUGUGAAAUAUUUUGUCAUAUUCUUUGUUAUAAAUGCAAAUCAAAACUAUUUUUGAAAAUAAAGAUAGUAUUCUGA